GAAUUUAUUUGCCCGGCCCAGCUUCUAGGGCCUUCAUGUUACGCUUCUGCUCAUAUAAAAGCACGAACGCAAAUGUCCCAACCCUAGAAUCGCUGUUUUUCCUCUCGCUCCUCCUGUGGGCGGCGCCGCCGCUGCGCACAGAACACAUCCUCGCCAGCGUAGCUUCUCCGGCGUCCGGCCAACGCGCUCACUAGCCUCCCGCCUUCCUCCACAUCUCCUCGCCUCCACCCCAUCCAGUUCGUGCCAUUCGCUGCUCCAAGACAAGGGCAUGGCGCUCGGCGGCUGCGGCAACGAAGCUGAUGGUGCACGAGCCAACCAUGGAGGCAGUAGCACGGGGCAGCGACAGCAGCAUGGAGGGCGUCCUCUUGUUUGGGAAGGUAAUGGAACUGCAAAUAGGAGUGGCAGCGGCGACCAGGAUGCAAAUGGAAGUGGUUCCCAAAGACCUUGGAAAGGACUUAAAGACAAUAACUUAUAUGAUCCUUGGAACCAUGCAUGGCCGUAUUAUGGGGGUUUUGAUUGCACGUACUGCAGCCUAAAGCACAAAGGUGGAGGUGCAACCCGUGUCGCGGAGCACCUUGGUGGUAUUGUAGGUAAUGUGAGGAGCUGUCCCAAUGUGCCAAGAAAUGUGAGAGAUGCAAUGAGAGAGUGCCGGGAUGAAUCAAGGAGGAAGAAAAGAGACAAACAAAAUAGCAGGCUGAGAAUUGAAAGAAAUAUUAUGGAGUUUCUGUACGCUACAACUUAAAGAUACGUGCUGAAGAAGAUCAAGAGAAAAGAGAGAGAUAUAGAUAAAGAAAUUGAUCCAAGUGCAUUGCUAAUGGAUACCACAAUGUUUGAUGAAACAAACCCAAUAAUGGAGUGGCUGAAUGAGGAUGUAGAGGAUCCGAUUGUGGAUGGAGCUGAUGCAGCUAGUGCUGUUUUUGAGCAAAUAAGGCGCCUCAACUCAAGCAGGAAGGCGUCUUAUGUUGGUUCAAAGGGUAAUAACAAGAAAAGAAAGAGGAAUGAUGAUGAUGAGAAUGAGUUUCUUGAAACUGAGAGUGAGGAUGAUGAAGAAGAGAAUGAAUAUGUUGAUAAUGACAUCGAGGAUGAUGAUGGGGUGAGUGAGGAUGAUGAGGAUGGUGAACAAGAUCAGCUAGAGACACAAAUGCAACUUGAAGAAGAGACACAAGUACAAGUUCAAAAGGAGGCACCAACAAGCACUGGCCAUUUGGAGACUAGAUCUGGACGACUUAUUAGGAAGAAGACCAAGAACGUCAACAGCCUCUACUCGUAAAUUUGAAAUGGCACGUGAGCAAAGGAUAUCAAGAAGCUUUUGGAUGUUGGGAAGCUUGGAGCUGAUGCUUCAAAUAAGCUGAUGGUUGUCUUUUGGAGAUGUUUCUAUGUUUAAUGCUUUAAAGUCUUUUGGCUGUACUGGACUAUUUAAACUUUGAACUAUGCUGUGAUGGUUGAACUGAUGCUGGACGGUUAAGGGUUUAUGUCAGAGGCAACUUUAUAACUAAUGUGUGCCUGUUAUGUUGGACUGUUAAGGGUUAUGUUGGAGGCAAUUUUAUAACUAAUGUGUGUCUGCUAUGUUGGAUUGUUAACUGUUAUGUUGGAGGCAACAUUAUAGCUAACGUGUGCCUGUUAUGUUGGGCAGAUUCAAUUUUCUUAAUCCCUAGAGCUUAUUUGCUAAAGUUUAUAAGAUC